AUGUCGGACUCCCAGAUGCCUGACGAGGACCCUGAAGAGUGGCAGGGCGACUUCGAUCCCUUGGCCGAUCCUGAGGAACGGCGGGUGGUGUUCGCUGCACUGGACUCAUUCAGACAAUAUCGGCGGCAUGCCCACCUCAACUCCACGCAUCGCCGACGCCAGGCCUUCUACGCCUUACCCUCCGGACACUGGCAGAUGCUGUCCGAGGCACCCUUUUCCAUCCUGGACCACUUGAAUGCUGUGGAUGAUGCGAUCGACGUCAACGCCGACAUCGCCGAUGCGAUCCUGGCUGUCGCGCUGGACUCUUUCCGCCUGCCUGCCAAUCCCGACAAAGACGAUCCGCGCCAAAACUGGCACGACACCGCCACCGCGGCGGAUGUCAACAAGGCGCAUUCAACAAUCCGUCAAUUCUACCGCGACUGGAGUGCCGAAGGCCAAGUGGAACGCGAUGUCUGCUACGAACCUGUCAAGGAGUUUCUAUUAAAUGAGUUUGCCGCCCGGCGUGACGAGGGCGAGGAGGUGCGCGUCCUGGUUCCUGGUGCGGGAUUGGGGCGGUUUGUCUUUGAUUUGUGCAUCGCCGGAUUCCAUGCGGAAGGCAAUGAGAUUUCCUACCACCAGCUGAUGGCCAGCAGCUGGGUACUCAAUCACACCGAGGGCCCGGGCAAGCAUACCCUGCACCCCUUUGCGCUGCAAUUCUCGAACCUCAGGUCCCGACAGCAGCAGCUCCGCAGUGUGGCCAUCCCCGAUAAUUACCCGGCGACGGCCAUUAAGCAGGUCCUCGAUGAAGUGAGCCGCGAUGCGGCGCUCCAUGGGUCCGACUCAAAGGUGCUGAUGGGAUCGAUGACGAUGACGGCGGCAGAUUUUGUGGUUUGCUACAGGAAGUCGGAAUACCGGGAAUUGUUCGGCGCGGUCGCGACGGUGUUCUUCAUCGAUACGGCGCCCAACCUGAUCCGCUACAUCGAGACGAUCUGGCACUGCCUCGAGCCUAAUGGGGUUUGGAUCAAUGUGGGGCCGUUGCUGUGGCACUUCGAGGGACGCCGGCACGAAAACCACCAGGAUCGCACGGACGAGGCGGGCAUUGGGGAACCGGGCAAUGUGGAGUUGACACAUGAAGAGGUUCUGGCGCUGGUGUCGCGCAUGGGCUUCGUGGUGGAGGAGCAGGCGGAGGAGCGGACGUGUGGGUAUAUCCAGGAUGAGGAGAGCAUGCUGUUGAACAAGUACCGCCCGGUGCGCUGGGUGGCUCGCAAGAAGCAGUAG